UCGGCUUUAACUACAGGGAAGGAUCGCCUUGGACAACAUCAUGUUUACAAAGGCUAGAGACGACAAGCCAAGCCAUGGCAGACUACAACAGCGCCACGUCGAAGACCUGGGACAUCUGCAACGAGUCCACUAACCGCCGGCACAGCGGCAAGCCGGCCCCGUACAAGCUCGUGAGCAGGGAGGUACCGGGCCUGCUCCGAAGGAUGGGUCGCUGGAUGGAAGUGGGUCGGGUUUUCGAGACAUGCCGUGCAUAUGACCAGAUGUAAGGCCCCCCUCAACUUCCUUCCCAAAUGGCUCAACAACACCACCCACCACAUUUCAACUGCGUUCUAACCCUCUCCCAGACGCCGACGACCAACU